AUGCUUCUCUACAUUGUUGUAGCUCUACUGAUUUGUUGCCUUCUCAGAUACUUACGACAAAAAGCUCUUGUUCCGGAUGCUUACAAGAAAACUGUUUUUAUUACUGGUUGUGAUACCGGAUUUGGUCGUUUGUUGGUCAAACGACUGUUGGAUGUCCAGGUGACAGUAUUUGCUGGAUGUUAUACAUCUAAGGGAGAAGCAGAAGUUGUUGCCGAAAACAGUGACUGCUCAAAUCUGUUCACAUUACCCAUUGAUGUUACUGACGACAACUCCGUUACAGAAGCUUACAAAUUUAUCUCCAGAACUUUGCAGUCUCGAUUAUGGGGAAUUGUGAAUAAUGCUGGUAUAUUUAGCGCUUAUGGACCAGACGACUGGCUUUCCAUUGAAGAAUAUCAGAAGUCGAUGAGCGUCAAUUUUUUCGGUUCUGUUAGGAUGAAAUUUUUAACCGGCUGUUCAAAAUCGUCACAAAUUUGCUUGCAGGAAAGUCAUGGACGUAUAGUUACUAUGGCAUCUGUUUCCGGUAGAAUUCAUAGUCUGUAUAUGGCUCCUUAUACAGCUGCAAAGUUCGCACUUGAGGGAUAUAUGGACUGUCUCAGGCUUGAACUUAGUCGGUUUGGUGUAACCGUACAUAUCAUUGAACCUGGUGCUUUUCGUACGACACUGCUUGACGAGAAAGUGUGGGAUCGGCUACCACUGAAUGUACAAACAGAAUAUGGCAAGCAAUAUGUGGUGAAAGAAAUGUUCCAUUUAGUUAAAAAAGCAUGGAAUUAUGGAGCUCAACUAGUUGCCAGUAGAAGUUUCCACUACGUUGUUGAUAGCUACUUUCAUGCUCUUCUUGGGCAGUUUCCUCGUGACCGAUACAUAUGUGGCUGGGAUGCCAGAUUUUUAUGGCAACCAUUAAGCAUUUGUCCUUCAGUAGUUCAGGUCUGA